GUUGAUCUACCCUACAACUGGAGCGCUGAUGUAAAUGAUGUCGCACCGAAGAUUGUUUCAAAACUCAAUGGCAAUUCGCAUAAUUCGUACGGACUGCGCCAAACUAUGUCUCGUUUAUGCAAACAUUUUCACCGUAAUGCCGCAUACUCUUCUAACCAUGGGCUUGUUUCAUCAAAGGCACAUGCGCCAGGUUCCCUCUCCAAGCAUGUGAAUUGCCCGCCCAACCACAAGGUUGAAAAGCACCAGACAUCAAUACUCGUAAUUUACUGCAACAGUCGACAAGGUCGUGUUUAACCGCUGCCCCAUGUCCCGAAUACCGAGAUUGAUACA